AUGAUUGCCAAGCUCUGCAUUGUCGCCGCACUUGUCUCCCUGGCUUACGCUGGCGGCUACGGCGGCCAUGGUGGACACAGUGUGACCCACCGCAAGCAAGAUGAUUAUGGCAAUUACAACUUUGGCUACAACAUCGUGAACGGUUAUGGGGCCGCCAAUGGCCGCCAUGAGUCCGGUUCUGCAUACGGGGGCGUCAAAGGGGCCUACUAUCUGGCCGACGCUGACGGGCGCUCGCGACGUGUUGAGUACGUCGCAGACAAGUGGGGCUUCCGAGCAAUGGUCAAAACCAACGAGCCGGGCACAAAGACAAGCUACCCGGCGGCCGCGCCCUACCACUCAGCCAACGGAAAGCACGUGCCCUCGGGUUACGGAGGCCACGGCUAUUACGGCUAGGCUGCCACUCCAGGUGCUCCUGUAUGUGUUUCCGUGAUCUUCGUCGUAACUCUGCGCUGUGACCCUGUUCUUCUGAGGGUGCUCGCCUGGCUGGCCCCUCGCUGUCAUGCCAAAGCCCGUGUUCGUCGUGUCAAUGCGCAGCGGCUGUUUUGCAGUGUGCCAUGGAUUUCGCGUGACACUUGGCAUUGCCGCUGAAGGCUCGUCGCUUUCGUCGGUCCUCUCCUGCAAGAGCCCAUUAAGCAAAGAAACCGUCCUGAUUUCAACUCUUUCCUGGCACUGUGAACACGUCGUGUUUGUAGUUUCUGUUAUUGUUGUUGUGUUUAUUUGUUCAAUAAACGUGU